AUGAUCAGCAAAUGCUAUAUAAAUUGUGAGAUCAUUCUUGAUUUCAAUAGUUUACUUUUUUCUAUAUUGAAAAAGUAAAAUCCUGAUCUAAAUUUAAGUAAAUUAAUCUAAAUUAACUCAAUCUUAGAUUUGAAUGAUGUUUAAGAAAAUCCAAAAAAAUACUUAGAAACAUAAGAAUUGUUACUAUAAAAUUUAUGCAUCUUAAAGCCAUAGAUAGGAGCUAUUGAAACAUGUAAGUUAAUUAUAAAAUAGAUUUAGUGUAAUUUCUUGAAUCCUAAAACAUUUAACCAAUCAUCUAUUCUGAAUAUACAUAAAUAUUAUAAUAGCACUUUCCCUACUUGAAAUGGUAAGAAUUUACAGAUUCAGAUUAAAAUAUUAUAGUCAUAGAUCCAAGAUUAGAUUUUUGUGAAUAGUUACUUAAAAAAUAACUCUAAGUAGUUUUGUUUAAGAAUUACAAAUUAAAAGACAAAGAUUAUUGGAAUCAAAUAUUAUAACAUAAAUAAAUUCUUUUUGCUGAAUCAUGGGAAACCUUCCCUUGGUAAGAUUUUAAAUUUGUUACUUAACCGAUUUUUUCACCAGAUUAAUUUAAAGUAAAUGAAUGUGAAAAUGCAGCAACUUAAUAUUGGAAUACAUAUUUAAAAUUAAAUCCAAUAGAAUUCACAAGUUAAAUAAUUCAUGGUAGAAACAGAGGUGGUACUAUGUUAGGAAUACCAACAGGUAAUUAUUAUAAAUCAAAGCAUUAGCAAAUUUAUUAAUAAGUGAAGAAAUCUAAUAAUUAACUAAAAAUCUAUUACCAGGUGUAUAUGCAGGUAUUACUUAUCUUUAAAAUGUUAAAUAUGGUGGAGUUUUAUCUAUUGGAUAUAAUCCAUAUUUUUUAGACACACCUCAAACUAUAGAAGUUCAUCUAUAUGGAGAAUUUUAAGAAGACUUUUAUGGUUCUAAUUUAAGAUUGAUAAUAACACAUUUCCUUAGACCAGAAUCUGAUUUUAGAACUUUUGGUAUUAUUUAUUACUUAAUCUAUAGAUCAUCUGAUUAAAGCAAUUAGUAAUGAUAAGAUAAUUGGAAGGAAAUUAGUGUGUUGAAC